AAUUUUGGAACGAAAUGUAGCGAAGAGAAGUACAGUAGUAAGAGUAACGCUGUAGCCGCUGCCGGCCGAGGGGGCGCGCCGGGGAGGGGACGCCGCACCCCCUAUCUGCCUCAGGGACCCCCAUCAAACCCCCAAGGGAAGGAGGCGCCCGAGGACCCGCCCCAGUCCCGUCCACGUUCCCCCCAGGAAGCCGGACUCUAUGGGGCGGGACCCUGGGGGAGACUGAGCAGAACCUGGAGCCAGCCCCGAACCCCUGAACCUCCAGCCAGGGGCGCCCCGUGAGCCCCCAGCCGGUGGGCGCGCCGCCCGCCCGCCGAGCAGCCAUGAGCGAGACGGUCAUCUGCUCCAGCCGGGCCACGGUGAUGCUUUACGAUGACAGCAACAAGCGAUGGCUGCCUGCCGGCACGGGCCCCCAGGCCUUCAGCCGCGUCCAGAUCUACCACAACCCCACGGCCAAUUCCUUCCGUGUUGUCGGCCGAAAGAUGCAGCCAGACCAGCAGGUGGUCAUCAACUGCGCCAUCGUCCGGGGCGUCAAGUAUAACCAGGCCACCCCCAACUUCCAUCAGUGGCGUGACGCCCGCCAAGUCUGGGGUCUCAACUUCGGGAGCAAGGAGGAUGCGGCCCAGUUUGCCUCAGGCAUGGCCAGUGCCUUAGAGGCACUGGAAGGAGGUGGGCCGCCUCCCCCCGCAGCGCCUCCCGCCUGGUCGGUCCAGAACGGCCCCUCCCCGGAGGAGCUGGAGCAGCAGAAAAGGCAGCAGCUGGGCCAGCAGGAGCACGUGGAGCGCGAGCGCCGGGUCUCCAAUGCAGGAGGCCCACCUGCUCCUCCAGCUGGGGGUCCGCCCCCACCUCCAAUACCACCCCCGCCUCCAGGUCCCCCGCCACCCCCUGGUCUGCCCGCCUCGGGGGUCUCGGCUGCAGGGCAUGGAGCUGGGGGAGGCCCACCCCCUCCACCCCCUCUCCCUGCUGCACAGGGCUCCAGUGGUGGAGGGGCCGGCGCCCCUGGUCUGGCCGCAGCCCUUGCUGGAGCCAAACUCAAGAAAGUCAGCAAGGAGGAGGCCUCAGGGGGGGCCCCAGCCCCCAAAGCCGAGAGUGGGAGGAGCACAGGUGGGGGGCUCAUGGAGGAGAUGAAUGCCAUGCUGGCCCGGAGAAGGAAAGCCACACUGGUUGGAGAGAAACCCCCCAAGGAUGAAUCUGCCAAUCAGGAGGAGCCAGAGGCCAGAGUCCCGGCCCAGAGUGAACCGGUGCGAAGACCCUGGGAGAAGAACAGCACAACCUUGCCAAGGAUGAAGUCGUCUUCCUCAGUGACCACUUCCGAGGCCCAGCCCUCUGCACCAAGCUCCAGUGACGAGUCAGACCUGGAGAGGGUGAAACAGGAGCUUCUGGAAGAGGUGAGGAAGGAACUGCAGAAAGUGAAAGAGGAAAUAAUUGAAGCCUUUGUCCAGGAGCUGAGGAAACGGGGUUCUCCCUGACCCCAGGGACCCAGAAGAUCCUGCUUCUCCUUUCUGCACACCCUGCCUGUCACCCUGCUUUCCCUGCCUCAACUUGACUUGGAAUAGGCUGAAGACUACACAGGAAUGCGUCUUCCCCACUCCCCAACUCACUUGGAAAAUUCCAAGGCGGGGCGGCUUCCCUGGCACCACGCCCAUACCUGUAUCGGCUGCUGAUUGGCUGGGGAGGUCCCCACCCUUUGCUCCCUUUGGUCCUUCCCCUCUGCCAUCCCCUUGGGGCUGGUGCCUCUGCUGGGGAUGUACCAAUUAGCCCCACAGUCUGGGGGAAGGAAAGAGGGAAUUUCACAUUCCCUGGUUCUAGAUUCACUUUAAAGCUUAAUGCCUUUGAGUUUUUGUUUUUUUAAGAAAAUAAAUAUAUAUAUAUAUUUGGGUUUUUUGGAAGGGGGAAGGGAAAUUUUUUUUCUCUUUGUUUUUUGAUAAAAUGGGGUGUGGGGAGUUUUUAAAUGCUAUAGCCCCAGGCUUGCCCCAUUUGGGACAGCUACUUAAGGGGGGAGAAUGUCCCACCCCGCUAGGGGCUCCUCUCCCUACCCCAGGGACCCCAUCUGCCUUUUCCUCUGGUUCCUUCCCCUUUUAUAUGAGGAAUUAAGAUGCUGUAACUUUUUUGGAACCUCAGUUUUUUUUGGGUUUUUUUAUUUGGGUAGGUUUUGGGGUCCAGGCCAUUUUUACCCCCUGGGGAAAAUUAAGAUGGGGGAGAAAGGAAAAGGGGAGGAAACCUCUCUUCUCCCACCUUCACCUUUAGCUUCUUGAAAAUGGGCCCCUGCGGAAUAAAUCUGCCAGUUUUUAUAAAUGCUAA